AGAGGCUGAUCGGAAUCGCGACCACGGAAGAGGGUUCCGGUGUCGACUCACGGGCCUCGAAGCCGCCCGUUACAGGCCUCCUACUUAGCGCCGCGAUGAUCCCAAAAUCCGUCAGCGCCAACCCUCGCUCGCUUUCGGCGCCACACCUUGUCUUGGGUGCCGGUGUGGCUAGUAAGUCGCAGGAUCGGGAACCCUGAUGUGGCAUGGACGAAGCACAGGGACGGUCAUUGCAUUCAACCCGCCGACAAUCAUGCGCUCGCACUCCACUCGGUCGGCGAGGCCUUCUGCGUCCGAGGACCGUUCGGAGCGCCAUGGGUUGUGUGGCCCCUGGUGAUCGACCGUUCAGGCCGAUGACGCCAGUGAGAUUUUUUUUUUUUAAUAAUACAGGGCCCUCAGCUGGAGAUUACCGAAAGGAAUGUCCCCGACAGCGCGAGUUUGCACCGGAGGGUGUAACUAACCGCAGAGCGCAACUUCGACGCUCACUAUGUACACAGUAUUCCGUCCACAAGUUCCGAAUCCACGCCAAAGCGGGAAUAUCACAAUUGAACAACUCGUUACUGGCAAAUCGAUAUCGAAAAGGCGACAUGGGAGAGCUCUCCGCUGCCGUUGGAAUUGGCCAAUCAAUGCUUCUCACUCGCAUCCGAAAUAUCCAGAGCUCAACGCGUCGACAGGGUUGCAGGGCUUCUCAAGGACCUCCAGAGUGCAUACGAUGGAAGCAGCUCCGCCGUGCCAGCACAUGCAGUAAGAAUCCACAAUCUCAGCCAGGACCCAGAGUGCCUGAUGACAACGCUCCUCGACCAUCGACACGAGGGGAUCACUGAUCAGCGCAGAGACGGGUGAUCGCCUUCACCUGGAUGCCCAAAGCGGCUGAUGAUGAUAACCGAGCUGGGGAUGUAUCCGCGGCCGGCUGAGGGAGAGCCCGUCGGUUAAUACUCGAAGGCCCUGAUUUCCUCACUGUUGGUUCUGUCAAACACCCUCUAUCGGCCCGCUGAGCAAGAUGCAGCUCACAAGUCCCAACACCAGGUGCUCCCAAAGAACAAGGUCGG